GCCGAGCUCGAGCCGCCAAUGUGGUCGUACUCGGCGUCGUCUCGUCGCCUCGCCCCGAGCGCGAGCCGCCAAUGCGGUCGCGUUCGGCGUCGCCUCCCUUCUCGCCCCCGCACACCGCCCAGCCUCGAGCGUGAGCCGCCAACGCGGUCGCGUUCGGCGUCGCCUCUCACCCUCGCGGCCCCCUUCGCCCGACGCCGAGCGCGAGCCGCCAAUGCGGUCGCGUUCGGCGUCGCCUCUUAACCUCUGGCCCGUCCAACGCCGAGCGAGAGCCGCCAAAUGCGGCUCCUUGCUCGGUACGCAUCGGGUUCGGGAAGGCCGACAGUGCGCCGCUUGCUCCGGCAAGGGCAACAACGUCAGUAGCCCGACCCCGACGACUCCGGGCGCGUUGACGAAGUCCCCCGGCACGCCGUCGGGUGUGAGCGGCAUGGACGCUCAGCUGCAGUCGACCCCGACCCGGACUCUGUGGAUUGGAUCCAUCCCGUCGACGACCACUCCGGCGGCGAUCCUGAGUGUCUUCAGUCCUUAUGGUCCUAUCGAGUCUGCGCGUGUUCUCACUCACAAGAACUGCGGCUUCAUUAACUUUGAGUGUUUGGACGACGCUGUGCGUGCCCGAAAAGCGCUCAACGGGCGUGACAUCCUUGGUAGCGACGUCGGCGCGAUCCGCAUCGGCUUUGCCAAGGUUCCGGUCAAGAAUGCCGCCGAGGGCGCAUCGAACGAGGACGACGCAGCACCGUCGCUCCCCGUCGGCGGAAUCGGAGAGCUCAGCGUCGGAGUGUCCAUCCACGCCCUGCGCAACGUCAAGGGUGCCUCGGCCAUGCCGACCGACCAGUAGGUCUUGCGAAUGUCUGUAAUGCUUACGUAAUCGAUACUUUCACUACUUGAUACGCUUUUGUAACUUAUAUAAAUUAUCAUGAAAAAUAAUAAUUCUUUACUAGAA